CUGGUGGCCCGGGAGGGUCUGGGGUCCAGGGAGGGACCGGGGCUGCGGGCUGCGGGCUGCGGGCUGUGGGGUGGUUUCGGGUGUAUGAUAGACUGCAGAGGCUGAGGUUCUCUGGGCCGGAGCUCGCGGGCUAGAGUGAGGGCCCGGUGAGGCCGGCGGGCAUGCAGAGGAAGGGGGCCCGUGGGCCUGGGGUUCUUGUUUUUGAAGUCUGUUGUGCGUAUGUUAAAGAGUGCCCCCAACCUGGAGCUGAGAGCCCACUCUCAGGCCGUGGCAAGAAAGGAGAGGGGCUGAAUGCGGGGUCUUCUAUUGAAGGACAGUGGGAAAGAGAGCAGAAUGAGGGUAAGGACUGGACCUGGAAGGGAGAACCCUGGGAGGUACAGCCCUGCUGGUCUGCGGGUGCACCGGGAGACACCAUGGCAGUGCAGACAAAGCCAGAAGUCAUGCAUCACUUGUCCAUCUAACAGGCAGUUCGUACCCACUGAGUACUUCUGACAUCUGUACACAACAGUGACACAUCCCAGUAGGUGGGGGCUCUGGUUCCACACACACCAGAUAUCCUAGCCCAAGACUUGGAGCUCUACUGUUGUCUUAGCACCACCCCUGGGCAUGCUACCUAAUUCCUAGUCUACUUUUGUUCCCACCCCCUGUUAGCAGCUGCCACCACCACCUGCCCAAUAAGUGAGCUGAAAUCAGUCAUGGAAGUGUUUGGCUGACAGAAGGUGGUUAAGUAAAGAUGGGGAAACAGAGGCAUGAAGAGAUGUGGUGAAUGGAAGGAAGAGGGGGAGCCAGAGUCAGAGCCCAGACUUUUAACCCUGUUCCUCCUCCCACCAGUUUCCUCUCUCCAGGCUCAGCAGUCUGGAACCGUGGAACUGGCCCUUUAAGAAGAGCUAUCCAGACCAGCAGAAGGCAGGCUGCGGUCUGGGGCCCUGUCUGGGUUUGCCCAGACUCAACAGUCAUGAUUUCCUCCAUCAAAAUCCUCCCUAGCUGGCAUCUGUGACUUGAACCAUGCUGAAAAUACCAACAACAGAACAGUACCUAGUCAGCCAGACUGGCCAGGGGCACAGAUCACUGUCCGGGAUGAUUCCUAGGAUUUUCCCUGAAAACAUCAGGGAGGGAAGGGUUCUCAGAGACCCUUAGGUUGCCCGCUUGUAUCCCAGAGGUUGGAAUCUGAAGUCUAGUAAGGAGUCUAUCCUGCCUCAAAAUCUGCAGUUCCCCCAUGGAACUGCAGCUCAUGGGUGCUCCUGCCUAGCCUUUCUUCCUGGACUGGAGACUUAAUGCAUAGGACAUGUCACUCUCUGGCUUGAGGAGGGUCCAUGCAGUGGCUGGAGGUUCUUCCUAGCCCCAUCAGGAUCCUGUAAAUGGACCCUCUGGAAGGGUGUUCAGCCCCAUAUCAGGUCUAUGGGAGUAGACAAGAGAAGACCAAGAAAUGAAGACGGGAAGGCCAGGCCGGGGCCCUGACCAUGGAAUGUGAUCAAAAGGACCUGGGCCUUGAGGGGACCCUCCUCACAGACAUCCUCUAUAGGAAUGUGGCCUUCCUCAACCUGGUGGAUCCCAUCUCCCAUGACCUGCUGGCGAACCUGGCCCGAGACCUGCAGUGCCCCAAGAAGGACUAUGAGCUCUGGAAGUCCUCAGACAAGAUCUGCCGGCAGCUCAUUUACCACCUCACCCCUCAUUCUAAGAGGCAGCGAGGGCCCAGUUUGCCUCGGAAGAAGACCCAGAGCUGCCUCAAGAGUGGCCUCCAGAAGACUCUCCUGGCAGAGGAGACCGUGGACCUAUCAGGCAUCCCGCUCUCAGUGCGAGACGUGCAGCACAUAAAGCGAUACCUGGGCAGUCAUGGGGCUAGGUUGUCAGUGCUGGACCUGAGUUUCACAGAGCUGAGUGAUGAGCUCCUGCACCUGCUGCUGCCCAGCCUGUGGACACUGCCCUGCCUAACCCAGCUUCUGCUUAAUGGCAACCGGCUGACACGGGCUGCUGCCCGGGAACUCACUGAAGCUAUCAAAGACACCACCAAAUUCCCUGUGUUGGCCUGGGUGGAUCUGGGCAACAAUGUGGAUGUGGCCUCCAUGCCCCAGCCCCUGCUAGUUGGCCUGCGCCGGCGGCUGAGUCAACGCACCUCACUCCCCACAAUCCAUGAGGGCCUGGACCUUGAUCCUGGAGACAGUGUGUCUGGGGCCAUUGACACUGCCUCUACCUGGGGUUCUGCAGCUGCUGAACCAGGGUCUGAGCCCCAGGCCUGCUGCACCAGGUGACCCACCAUCCAGCAGGCUCAUUGCUACUAAGGAUGCUUUCAAGCACAUGGGAUGACAAGUAGUGGAAGCCUAGGAGGUCCCAGAGGUCCCCAGAGAGCCAGUGAAAAUGCUCAACCUGAGAUUAAUGGGAUAGAAGGAGAAUAUUCUUCGAAGACACCAGAUGGUUAGCCCAGGGUGGAGUCCCAGGAUUCUCAGCAUGAGGGGUCCUGGCACCCACAACCCAGACCCCACAAUAAAAGGUGAUGCUCUCC